UGGAUCAACUGCUUUUUAAAUUUUUACCUGGGGGUAUUUUGGCACCUGACUGACAGUCCUUCAACAAGAAUGCAGUUAAGCUGCUAAGGGAUGGAAGAAGCCAGUCUGUGCCUUGGAGUCACCCCGGCCGCGCCGGAAACCGAUCCCCAUCUAAACAGCCCCGUCCUCAACGGCCAGUAUGCCAUGACCCAAAAACUGCAUCACAUCACCUCGCAGCUCAGCCAUGCCUUCUCGGAGCUGCACCCGCGGCCCAGCCCGGAGGAGAAGGCGGCGGGGCCCCUGGACGAGAAGAGCCACCUGCCCCUGGGCACGCAGCCCAUGGGCAACCAGAUGGCCCUGCUGGCCAACCAGCUGGGGCGCGACGUGGACAGCAGCCUCAACGGGAGGGUGGACCUGCAGCAGUUCCUCAACGGGCAGAACCUGGGCAUCAUGUCUCAGAUGAGCGACAUCGAGGACGACGCCCGCAAGAACCGCAAGUACCCCUGCCCGUUGUGCGGCAAGCGCUUCCGCUUCAACAGCAUCCUCUCCCUGCACAUGCGCACGCACACCGGCGAGAAGCCCUUCAAGUGCCCCUACUGCGACCACCGGGCGGCCCAGAAGGGCAACCUCAAGAUCCACCUGCGCACCCACAAGCUGGGCAACCUGGGCAAAGGCCGGGGGCGUGUGCGGGAGGAGAAUCGCCUGCUGCACGAGCUGGAGGAGAGGGCCAUCCUGAGGGACAAGCAGAUGAAAGGCGGCCUGGCCCAGCCUCGUCCGGACCUGAAGCCCCUGCCGCAUGCCCAGCCGCCCCCCUUGGCGGCUUGCAGCCUGGCGCUGCCCAGUAACCCCAGCGUCCCGGACGUGGCCCACCCAGUGCCCUCGCCCAAGCCGGCCAGCGUGCAGGAAGACGCGGUGGCGCCCGCGGCCGGCUUCCGCUGCACCUUCUGCAAGGGCAAGUUCAAGAAGCGUGAGGAGCUGGAGCGGCACAUCCGCAUCCUGCACAAGCCCUACAAGUGCACGCUCUGUGACUUCGCCGCCUCGCAGGAGGAGGAGCUCAUCAGCCACGUGGAGAAGGCGCACAUCACCGCCGAGUCGGCCCAGGGCCAGGGCCCCGGCGGCGGCGGCGAGCAGGCGGCCAACGAGUUCCGCUGCGAGGUGUGCGGCCAGGUGUUCAGCCAGGCCUGGUUCCUCAAGGGCCACAUGCGCAAGCACAAAGACUCCUUCGAGCACUGCUGCCAGAUCUGCGGCCGGCGCUUCAAGGAGCCCUGGUUCCUCAAAAACCACAUGAAGGUGCACCUCAACAAGCUCUCCGUCAAGAACAAGGCUGCGGGUGACCCCGAGGGCCCGGCGGCGCCCCUGGGCGGCAUGGCCCAGGAGGCGCACGCCAACCUGUACUCCCGCUACCUGUCCUGCCUGCAGGGCGGCGGCUUCAUGGCCCCGGACAAGGCCAGCCUGGGCGAGCCCAGCCCGUUCUACGGGAAGGGCGGCGAUCACGCCGUGAAGGAGAAGGAAGUGCUCGGCAAGCUGCUGUCACCCGUGUCCAGCGUGGCGCACGCGGGCGGCGUCCCGGACGGGGACAAGCACGCCCUCCUGGGCUGCCUGAACCUAGUGCCGCCUCUGAAAUCCAGCUGUAUCGAGAGGCUGCAGGCGGCGGCCAAGGCCGCGGAGAUGGACCCGGUGCACAGCUACCAGGCCUGGCAGCUGAUGGCCCGCGGGAUGGCCACGGAGCACGGCUUCCUGUCCAAGGAGCACCCGCUCUCGCGGACCCACGAGGACGCGCUGGCGAGCGCCGGCGUGGCGUUCGACAAGGAGAAGCGCGAGUACGUGCUGCUGGGAGCAGAUGGCUCCAAGCAGAAGCUGCCCGUGGACCUGGUGCACGGCGCGAACGUGGGCCAUCAGAGGGACCUGCCCGGAAAGCUCGACCCUUUAGAAGGCAGCCGGGACUUCUUGUCGCACGGGCUGAGCCAGACCCUCGACUACAACCUGCAGGGCGCCGGCAACAUGAAGGAGAAGCCCACCGAGUGCCCGGACUGCGGGCGCGUGUUCCGCACCUACCACCAGGUGGUCGUCCACUCCCGGGUUCACAAGCGAGACCGCAAGAGCGAGGACGACGGCCUGCACGUGGGCCUGGACGAGCGUCGCGGCUCCGGGAGCGAUCAGGAGUCGCAGUCGGUGAGCCGGUCCACCACGCCGGGCUCCUCCAACGUCACGGAGGAGAGCGGCGUCGGUGGAGGCCUUUCCCAGACGGGCAGCGCCCAGGAAGACAGCCCGCACCCCUCCUCGCCCUCUUCCUCAGACAUCGGUGAGGAGGCUGGGAGACCCAGUGGAGUCCAGCAGCCAGCCUUGCUUCGAGACAGGAGCCUGGGCUCGGCCAUGAAGGAUUGCCCGUACUGUGGGAAGACGUUCCGGACCUCCCAUCACCUGAAAGUUCACCUGAGGAUACACACAGGUGAGAAACCGUAUAAAUGUCCUCAUUGUGAUUACGCUGGUACCCAGUCAGCAUCCUUAAAAUACCACUUAGAGCGACAUCACCGUGAGAGACAGAACGGAGCUGGACCACUCCCAGGGCAGCCUCCCAAUCAAGACCUCCGGGAUGAGAUGUCCAACAAAACCUCUUUAUUUAUCAGGCCAGACAUCAUGAGAGGGACCUUCAAGGGGCUCCCCGGAAUCGACUUCAGAGGGGGACCUGCCUCUCAGCAGUGGACCUCAGGGAUGCUGUCCUCUGGAGAUUCCUUGGGGCCUGCUGCUAGUAUGUCUUCAGAGACCCCUUCAGACACCCUCAAAGGUACUGACCUUCCUUCUAAAAGUACCCAUUUCUCUGAGAUUGGAAGAGCAUAUCAGAGCAUUGUGAGCAACGGCGUGAACUUCCAGGGGUCCCUGCAAGCAUUCAUGGACAGCUUUGUCCUCAGCAGCUUGAAGAAGAAAGACAUGAAGGACAAAGCUUCAUCAGAAGCCCCUUCUUCUAUGAAAGUGCAUGCGGUGGAAGGUGGGGAGGAGAAAGGCAGCGGGAAGCCUUCCCAGAAGAAAUCUGAGAAAUCUCAGUAUGAGCCUUUGGACUUAUCUGUGCGGCCAGAUGCUGCUUCCCUCCCAGGCUCAUCCGUAACGGUUCAAGACAGCAUAGCCUGGCAUGGCUGCUUGUUUUGUGCCUUUACUACUUCAUCCAUGGAGCUCAUGGCUCUGCAUCUUCAGGCUAACCACCUAGGCAAAGCAAAACGCAAAGAACCCACCUCAGGGGUGACAGGCAACUGCAAAGAACAGACCCGAGAAGCUAGCAAGAUGGCUACAGUACAAUCCAACAAAGAGCUGAGUCUUUCUAGCACGGUGGGCUGUCUAGAGUCAGCUUCUGAGAAGUUGAGUCACGGACAGGCCAAAGAGACCCUGGGAGACCAGAAAAGUGGCCCUUGGCCUAGCCACGUGGAUCCUGCGUUUACUAACUUCCCAUCAGACUUCUAUAAACAAUUUGGCGUUUACCCCAGCAUGGUGGGCUCUGGGGUCACUGGUUCCUGCUCUAGUAAGAAUCCUGAUGGGAAAUCUCACCUCGACGAUGAUGCCCCAAUCUUGAUCCCUGAAACCACGAAUAAAACCAGUAUGGAUGACCUCUCAGACAUUACCUCCUCUGAGGAUAUGGACUCUUUCAAAGAAGAGGAGAUUGAAACGGAACCGGAAGUCACAAACAAGUCCCUGCCUGCCCUGGGCAAGGACAGCAGCAGUGACAGUGGGGACAGCCUAAUGCCCACAGGUGUCCCUCAGCCGGUCCAGGGCCUGGGCUCACCAUUAGCCCCAACAUCUGAGAAGCAGUGGCUCAACCAGGGCGCUCUCCAGACAAGCCAGGAUGCCACCGCAGGACUGGCAAAGCCGGAGAAGCCUGUGAACAUGCUCUCAGUCCUCAGGACCUUCAGUUCUGAUGGCUUAGCCGCCUUUAAUGGGCUGGCAGGCAACACAGCAAAUUCUGGAUAUAUCAAGAGGCCAGACUUGUGUGGUAAGUUUUAGAUUCCUCUUCCUUCAGUUCAUUUCCCAACACAUCAGAGCUGAAUGGUGUAUUUAAAAAUAUAAAUAUAUAUAAUAUGAGGUAGAUGUACUCAUUAGCAAAUUUUAAAUUGAACCUAAAAGAAAAAAAUUGAAGGAAAAAAAAAGAACACCUACAUAUCGCAAUGUUGUAUUAUGCAAUGUUAGACAAUCAGAAAAGUGGGUUUCAACAUAGAAGUUUGAAAAUGCAUACUUCGGUGGUCUAAUCUGUAUUAGAAUGCUUUCCAAAUGCCUAUGCUCAGGCAGGAUGGGUCUCAGUAUGAACUGCUCCUGGUUUUCAUCCAUAACAUUGAGGAAGGAAAUAUUAAUAUUAAUAAUCAUAACAAACCUUUUUAAAAACAAACAAAAGUGACAUGUGGACAUUUCCAUAUGCACACAAUGCCUAAGGAGAACUUACUGGCUUGUUAAGCUAAAUCCGCUUCCUUAACGUCACCUGGGUUGACUUACAGAGGUUGCAAAAAAUCAUUAUCACAUGAAAUCACAGUGUA